GUUAGGGUGACGGUGACACUUGUACCAACUUGUACAGAAUCAGAGAAAAUCGUGUUUAUUGAAGACUAAAAUAGUGAUGAAACAAACAUUUUUGACUAAUUUGUGAUUAGUUAAACACUAUUAAUAAUUCACGAAUGCAUUCUUAUUUCGUAAAUUUUAACGUUCAAAAUUAGAAUUGUGAUAAAAAAAAACAAUUUUAGUAAAUUUGUGAUUGACAAACCACUGAAAACAAAUGACCAAUACAUAUUUUUACGUUUUGUGUGCAGUGAUAAUUAAUUUAGGGUUGUUUGUAUUACCGGAUUUCGCACACUUUGGUGUUCGCUGAAUCCGUACCUGUCAAAAUUUUUGAACCAAAAUUUGUAAUAAUUUUUGGGUUAAGAUGAAAAUAGCGGUUGAGGGUUGUGCCCACGGCGAAUUGGAGACAAUUUACGACACUCUGCAAUAUCUCGAGCAGAAAGAAGGCUUCAAAAUCGACUUGUUGCUUUGCUGUGGCGAUUUUCAAGCAUCUCGCAAUGAAGCAGACUUGCGAUGCAUGGCGGUGCCCCCCAAAUACUCCAACAUUUGUUCAUUUUACAAGUACUACACCGGGCUGAAAACAGCCCCAAUUCUCACGAUUUUCAUCGGGGGGAAUCACGAAGCGUCUAAUUAUCUGCAAGAGUUGCCGUAUGGGGGCUGGGUUGCUCCCAAUAUCUACUACUUGGGGUACGCCGGCGUGGUGAAUGUUGCAGGUUUGAGGAUUGGGGGCCUUUCGGGGAUUUACAAAGGACAAGAUUACAUGAAAGGUCAUUUUGAGGCCCCUCCUUAUAGUGACAGUUCCAAACGUAGUGUUUAUCACAUCAGGAAUUUGGAAGUUUUUCGAUUGAAACAAUUGUCUCAAACUUUGAAUGUUUUUCUCUCACAUGAUUGGCCCUCGGGGGUUUGGGAGUACGGGGAUAAGGCACAAUUGAUCCGUUUUAAGCCUUUUUUUGAGGAUGAUAUCAAUAGGGGUCACUUGGGUAGCAAACCAACUCAAGAAUUGUUGAAUUUUUUGAAACCAGAUUACUUUUUUUCGGCCCAUUUGCACUGUAAAUUCGCAGCAGUGGUGCCACACGAGUGUGGGAAAGUCACUAAAUUUCUGGCUUUAGAUAAGUGUCUUCCCAAGAGGAGAUUUCUCCAAGUUGUUGACAUACCUCACGAUGCGAAUUUGAAAACUGAAAUUUGUUACGAUUUAGAGUGGUUGACUAUUUUAAGACUAACAAAUCAUCUCCUAAGUGUUAAAAAUGUGACGAAUUAUUUACCAGGGGCUCAUGGCAAUGAGAGGUGGUGUUUUACCCCAAAUGAGGAGGAAAAAUCGUUCACUUUAAACCAGUUUGGUGAUUUAGUCGUACCAAACAAUUUCGAGAAAACAUCUGAGGGUUAUUGUGGUCACAAAACGAAGAAUUUCACACAACCAGAGCCAGUUUGUAACUCGCAAACUGUCUCGUUUUGUAACAAAUUAUUAAUCGAUGAUCCUUUAAGUUUAAUUAUUAAUUUAAGUACAAAUAGUGUUAUUGACGAUAGUAAUGUAAGCAAAACACCGAGAAAACUUGUUUUACCUCAACCAGUGAAUGAAAGUGAAUCAUUUGAGGAAUUUUUUUCAGCUGAAGUGACUGAAACUGAAAUUGAGGCUCCAGUUGAAGAACAAUUAAACUCGAGUAAAACAUUUAAGAGAAGAAAUGCGUCAAUUUAUCAAAAAUGAUUUUUUGUAAAUAGAGUAUUUCGAAAAGCCCGCUUUUGUGUUGCCAACCGUGCCCACCCAAACUUACUAGAUUUGUAAUUUAGACCAUUUAGACAGUUGACAGAAUGGGACGUGAAAACUAAUCCGUGUGUUUAAUAUUUUUGUUAUUGCUGUAAAAAUGCUAAUUUUCGGUUAAUAUUGCAACGAUUUAUUACAAGUAUGAAAUAGCUGAACCAUGGAUUCAGAAAAAUAGUUUUACCCCAACCAAGAAUGAAAAUCACACGUUUGAGGAAUUUUUUUCAGCUGAAGUAACUGUUGAAAAAUCAAUUAAACACCAGUUAAACAAUUAAGCGAAGGAAUGGAUCAAUUUAUCGAAAAUGAUUUUUUGUGAAUAAAGUAUUUCGUAAA